AUGCCUAUUGUGAGCGCAUCGCUGGGAGCUCUGCGCUCUAUCAUCAUUCAGGUCGUUGGGUUUCUUUUCAUGAUAUACUACUGGAUCUUGACUGUACUAUCAGGAGCAUUUCUCAGGAAACCAACGGCGGAAUACAAUUCGGAAUUAGCUUUAGCUCGCGAUAACCUCUGGAACCUGUCAAAGCAGCCAUUUGGGCUUCACCAUCGAUUCUUGUCUCUGCGGGACGGAUACAAGUUUCAUUACGUGACAAACACCAUAGCAUCCGCAUCAUUAUCAGCAGCUGCCUCGACAAGACCUCUGGUGAUUUUUCUGCAUGGCUUCCCGGAUAGCUGGGCGGUAUGGCGACAUAUUCUGGCAUCGCCGUGGCUCCGUGAAUCGAGCAAUCUGGUCGCUGUGGAUUUGCCGGGCUAUGGCGGUUCGGAUCUACUCGAACGGUAUUCUGCGACCGAGGUGCAUGAGAGACUGACGGAAUUUAUUAUUGCAUUACGCGAACUCUAUGGUAUCGAUGACUAUACUAAUGACAUUCAGGCAAGAGUGAUCAUUGUCGGCCAUGAUUGGGGCUGUGGGAUAGCGAUGCGCCUGGCAGCUGAGGCACCGCAAUUGGCAGAUCGCUUCAUACUGAGCAAUGGACCACUGGUAUCAAGCUGCACCCUCUCCCUCUCAUUCAUGAUCGUUAUUUUACGAAACCGCAAAGCGUUGCAUACGAUCAAGCCAAUCAUUCGGCAGGUGAAAAGCUCCGGGUAUGUCUUUGCGUUGCAGCUACCUCGUCCUAUAGUGCGUGUUCAAGGAAGCGGUGGCAAUGGCGCAUUGUUAAGAAUGAUUCACGAAAUGGCUCAUGGUACCGCUGGCACGCCUUCUGCAAAGGACAUUGCCGAGAGUGUGGCCAGUUCGCUGGGGCCAGGGUCAGCACAAGAUUGGAGGGAAGACACUGUUAAUCUCGAAAUGCAAUAUUCGAAAGCUGUCGUCCGUCAAGGAAGUUCAGAAAAGUUUGUCAGCAUGACCAAUUACUAUAGACACGGCAUAAGUGCGGGACACUGGGAUAAAUCGGUCGAGACGGUCGCAGCGCUUUAUAGCAUUGGGCGCGGAAGUGAGAUAAGACGCAAGAGCAGCCAUGCAGGAGUCUUCGACGAAGGUCCUGAGGGCUCGCUGAAAUCGAAAGCCACCAUUGUAUGGGGUCUUAGUGACGAUGCCAUAGACCCCCAGCUGGGGCUCGACGGGAUCGCAGACUACCUCUUCAAAGACAGCCAGGUCAUUGUGCUACCCAGGGCGCAGCACCACACCAUCGUCGAGAAGGAAGGUAGAGCAGCUGUGCAGAAAGUCAUCGAAUGGGCUGUUGCAGGCGAGGAGGGCGAUGUGGCUGUGGUGGCGAAGGCUGCUUAUCCCGGAGCUACAGUUACAGUGCGGACCUAG